AUGAAGUUUAGCUCUUUUCUAUUAGCCGCCGUUGUAUCAGUUGCCGUUGCAGUAAGAUUUGAUAUAAAAAAUGCAACAUGUACAAACCUUCAUGGUAGACACUGUGGCACCUAUGCGUUGAGAGUUGUUGGGACGAACGAUACUUUCUUGGGUGUCUCAACAUUUGUUGGCUCGGAGGCGCUCUCAGGAGGUGCUGAAUAUUCUUGGGAUCAGUAUUUGAAUCAAAAACCAGGAUUUUUAACGCGCUUAACUACUGUCGGAACAAACGAAACUGCUAAUUUCAAGCCAAUAACUAUGACCACUACCCGUCCUAAUUGUAACGUUCAGUCUAUCGACACGGGUAUGAUCGCAUUUGCUAACACUGUUACCAAUGAAAUUUCCUUCAAUGAUUGGGCCUAUACCGCUUUCAACUCUAGUGUUCCAACGGCUUUGGCUAACCAAUUGAUGAACUCGACUAGCGUUGGCGUUCAAUGUGCACAAUGCUGGCCCGGUUUCACUUCUACAUUGCUCAGUACCCCAACUGUCAAUAUUUUCAGUUCAGAUGAUAUUUUGCCACCAUGGUGUUCAGAAAUUGAAUUCGAACCGGUGUGUCCAGCAGAAGCAGGUUUUGCUUAG